CUACCAUACACCACAUUACAGUCUCACAAUUAUAGUACUGCAAAACUAAUCAAAAUGGUUCUGGCAACUCCUGCCAUCGGCAAAUCUGAAAAAAUUCAAGAAUUUCAAAUUCCGGUGAUAGACUUUUCUGCCGAAAGAUCAGAGGUUUGCAAACAGAUAACAAAGGCUUGUGAAGAGUAUGGAUUUUUCAAGGUUAUAAAUCAUGGUAUUCCUGAGAAUUGUAUUAAGAAAUUGGAAGAUGAAGGCACUGAGUUUUUCGGAAAAUCUGCGUUGGAAAAACAAGCCGCUGGACCUGCAAAGUAUCCAUGGGGCUAUGGGAGCAAGAACAUAGGGCUUAAUGGAGAUACCGGAGAGAUUGAAUAUCUGUUGCUUAAUGUUAAUCCUGAUUCUAUCUCCCAGGUCUCGCAAUUUGUUUCGAGUGCCACUGACCCCAUGCAAUUCAGCUCAGCAGUGGAAGACUAUGUGGAAGCAGUGAAGAAACUGGCUUGUAAUAUAGCGGAAAUGAUGGCUGAAGGAUUGGGAAUGACAGACACCUCUGUGUUGAGCAGGCUAAUCAGGGCCGUUGAUAGCGACCUAAUGUUCAGGAUCAAUUACUAUCCACCUCAUGAUCAUCAACUCAACCCCAACAGCAUUGGAUUUGGAGAGCAUUCUGAUCCUCAGUUCUUCACCAUCUUGAGAUCCAACGGCGUGUCCGGCCUCCAGAUCUCCCUGGAGGAUGGGGUGUGGAUUCCUGUUACUUCUGAUCCUGCUGCAUGCUUUGUCAAUGUGGGUGACAUAUUACAGGUUAUGACAAAUGGAAGGUUCAAGAGUCUGAAACACAGAGCUGUGAAUGAUCCAAGCGAAUCAAGAAUGUCAUUUGGCUAUUUCAGUGGGCCACCGCUUGAUGCAAAGAUCACUGCUUCACCGGAGUUCAUCACACCCGACAAGCCAUCUCUUUACAAACCUUUCACUUGGGCUGAAUUCAAGAAGACUGCAUACUCGCUGCGCCUAAAGGAGAAUCGACUCAAGUUCUACGAAUUGAGCUCGAAACAUGAGUAACUACACAACUUCACCCAUUAAGUUAUUUUCUUAUAUAUGGAAUGCGAUUGAGCAAUAAGGUAGUUGAAAUCAAAAUGCAUGCUUUGCUUAACUAGUCGAACAAUAGAUCACCCCAGUGGAACCGCGGUCUAUUUACAAAUGUGUCAUUAAGAUUUAAAUAUUUCAUAAUAUUAUUUUCGACUAAUAUU